CACUUCCAGUGUCGGAGCCCCGCAUGACAUGUCGGUUGUGGCGGAGCAAAACGAGGAGGGGAGGGGGUGUUUCAAUGGCGGCCAGUGGUACUCCAAAAUGCGAAAAACGGGAUUAUCCAUUACAUGUAGACCGCGUUUGAACACGCGAGUUUAGUUUGUUCGCACACUGGCGAUUCCCCGGCAGUGCUUACCGCUCGGGGGACGCGUUUCUGGCCUUGUUUUCACUCCGCGAGACGGACUUUAGGCGCUUGGUUUGAGGAAUCAGGCCUAGCCGGCUGGCUAACAAACAAGCCUGUUCUGGAGUUGAAAGGGUCAAAUUAAGGCAGAGGUGGUACCAUUCUAAUCGUUCGCAGAGGUCGUAUGCCGCUCUCCACAUUUGCUCAGUCACAGGUAAUAUGUAACAUAAAGUCACCACGAUGACAUCCAGAUUUGGGAAAACGUACAACCGCAAGGGAGGCGAGGCUAACUCCAAGUUCGAAGAAGUCUUCUCCAACAGGAAGCCCACCCUGACCACCAAAUGGGGCGAGACCACCUACAAGGCCCAGCUGGGGGCCAAAAGGCCUCACGUGAAGUCUGGCGAGCUAUCCAAGAGGCCCCGGCUGGAGGACAGCGACAGCGGCGACGACCCGUUUGGGUUCGACAGCGACGACGAGUCCAUGAGCGUCGAUGAGGGCGUAGCGGCCGAGACGGUGGCCGAAAAUGUCGUGACGACAGACAAAAUUCCAAGCAAGACAGCGGCCGACACAAAGACCGUUGAAAAUAACAAGCCGCGGUGCGCAAGUGCGCUAGAGAGCAGCCAGAUGCCGGCGCCCACGACGUCUUUGUCAAACGCAGUAGCCCCCUCGGCUCACAACUCCUCAGGGACCCAGAGGACCCCCGUCGCUCCUCUGUCUGUCGUCGCGCAGUCCACCGGUGUUCCAGGUGGCAGCAGAGACCUCCAGACCACCUCCUCCUUGUCUAAUAAUGACGCACCACCGUCAGAAGAAAGUCCAGGGCAGGAGCCUCCUCCAGAGCCAGUGGACAACAUUCCCCCUUCCCCGUUCACCCUCAGAGCCUCAAACUGCAAGAAAUACCAGCCGCGCAGUCGGUCUAACAAAUUAUUCUCCGAUGACGAUGCUGACGCGCCCCCCGAAGUGGCGACUGCUCCCGAGAAACCCAACAGCGUCGCUUCCGUCUCAGCGAGCAACAGCGCCGCCAAUGCAAAAGUGCCGGCCAAGCCCACGGGGAGGGGAGGCGGCAGGGUUCGCGACUACACGGUCCUGCACCCGUCCUGCGUGUCGGUGUGCAACGUCACCAUCCAGGAUUCCAUCGAGCGCAGCGCCGAUGAGCUGGUGACUCCGGCCACGCCCGCCGACCUCGGCGACGCAGGACAGAUGAAGAAGAAGUCGGAGGCGCAGCCGAAACAUGCAAGAUUCCGAACCGCUUGCGUCAAGACCAAGAAGACCAAGGCCGAGUCCAAGCUGGAGUUCUUCGGCUUCGAGGAUGAGGAAGCCCAGAAAGGCGACGAGGCCUCGGAAGGCUCCGGCGGGGGGAAGAGCAGCUACAAGAUUAAGUACUUUGGCUUUGACGACCUCAGCGAGAGCGACAGCGACGACGACAGCCCCCACGUUAAGGAGAAGAAGGCCAGGACGUCCGCGGCGGCGUUGGCCGCGCUCAGCUUCGGCGUGGACAGCCCCCACACCAGUGACUCCCAGGACAGCCAGGCCAGCAGCAAUACAGACACUUUUGACUUCGCAGAUGACUCCAGUCCGGGGGGCGCCGAGGGCCAAAAAGGACGCUCAGGGAAGCAAAGCGAAAAGUCCAAGGACCUCGGCGGCGGAUUCAAGAAGAUCUUCAGCGGGCCGAAAAAGUCCCCCGCCAAAGCAGUGUACAACGCUCGGCACUGGAACCAGCCGGAGUCCGAAGAGCUCCCCGUGCCGGCCCUCGCCCGAUCGCAAACGGCUCCGGCCAUCUUAUCGAGCGGCGGCGGCAGCAGCAGCAGCAGCGGCGGCAGCAACAAGGACAGCAGCUCCCAUAAAGAUGACGGCUUGUUUAAAGCUCCUCCACCCCCGCCCAAAGUCAUUAAAUCAGAGACCAUCCCCACGCGACCCUACCAGGACAUCGUCACGGCUCUCAAGUGCAGGAAAGAGCACAAGGAGCUCUACACGGUGGUGCAGCACGUCAAGCACUUCAACGACGUGGUGGAGUUUGGAGAGAAUCAAGAGUUCACAGAUGACUUUGAGUACCUGGAGACGGGCUUGAAAAGCAGUCAGCCGCUCAACACGAGAUGCCUUAGUAUAAUCAGCCUGGCCACGCGCUGUGCCAUGCCCAGCUUCAGGAUGCAUCUGCGGGCAAGAGGCAAGGUGGCGCAAGUCUUUAACAUGCUCAGCGACUCGUCGCAGCACCCGAACCUGGCCCUGUGCACGGCGGCGCUCAUGUACAUCCUGAGCCGCGACCGCCUCAACAUGGACCUGGACCGCGCCUGCCUGGAGCUGAUGAUCAAGCUGCUGGAGCUGGACCAGGACUACUCGGCCCACCAGGACCAGCUCACCGCCAAGGAAGUGGCAAAGGUCAAAGAGAAGAUCCGGAAACUGUGCGAAACGGUACACAACAAACACCUGGACCUGGAAAACAUCACGACGGGUCACCUUGCUAUGGAGACGUUGCUCUCUCUGACGUCCAAAAGAGCGGGCGAUUGGUUCAAGGAAGAGCUACGACUCUUGGGAGGUUUGGACCACAUUGUCGACAAAGUGAAAGAGUGCGCGCAAAACCUGAGCCAAGAGGACGACAAGGAGAACCUCGUCGCAUCUUUGUGGGGAGCCGAGCGAUGUUUGCGGGUACUCGAGAGUGUGACCGUGCAGAAUCCGGAAAACCAGGGCUACUUAAUUGCCUACAAGGACUCGCAGCUCAUCGUCUCCUCUGCAAGAGCGCUGUGCUACUGCGAGGAUAUGAUCCAGCGGUAUAGCCGAGCGUUGAACAACAGCUCCUUGUCGGCGGAGUCGGGCGCCGCCUCGCUGCCCCACUGCAGCUUCAGCAACGUGGGCAAGGCGGUGGAGGACUGCAUGAGGGCCGUCAUCGGCGUCCUGCUCAACCUCACCCACGACAACGAGUGGGGAAGCACCAAGACGGGCGAGCAGGAGAAGCUCAUCGUUACGGCGCUGAAUUGCGUUCUGCGGGUUCCGCGCUUCAUCCCGCAGGAACAGCGGUUCGACGUGCGAGUGCUGGGUCUGGGCCUACUCAUUAAUUUGGUGGAGUACAGCUCCAGAAACCGUCACUAUCUGGUGGACAUGGAGUACAGCAUGGAUGACUUCUGCCUGGAGGACAGCCUAACGCAGCCGGCCGACCCGACGCAAGCCGACGCUUUGGCCGAGACUGGGGAAGACGGAGCGAAGAAGCCCGAGGCCUCCGGCGCCUUGGCGGCCCUGGUCAAGCUCUUCCUGGAGCGGGAACGCGCCGCCAUCCUGGCCGAGGCCAAAACCGACGACCUCAUCAGCGAGGCGCCCAAGCCCCAGGACCAGAGCGGCGAGUGGAAGGAGACCAUGGGGGAGAUCCAGUGGGUGGCGGCCGAGCCCAACGACAGCCAACCCCAACCGGAGAAUCCAAAGAAAGAAGAGGAGGACGAAGAGUUGGACCUAAACAAAGCUUUGCAGCAUGCCGGCAAGCACAUGGAGGACAGCAUCGUGGCCUCCUACACGGCUUUGCUACUGGGAUGCCUCUGCCAAGGCAGCCAGGUGAACGUGACUACUGUGAGACAGCACCUCCCCAAAGGAGACUUCUCCAUCAUGACGGAGAUGCUCAAGAAGUUCCUGAGCUUCAUGAACCUCACGUGUGCGGUGGGCACCACGGGGCAGAAGUCCAUCUCCCGGGUCAUCGACUAUCUGGAGCACUGCUAACAGCAGAGCACCGCACAGCCCAGGGGACAUGUCGGGUGCUCUCAGACCAGAAACCGCGUUGGCGGCGGGAUGUGGGCCAAGGGCGGCGAGCGACACACAACUGAACCAAAGCCAGCGCUCCUCGUCAAUAUCCACCACUCGGAUUUCAGUGGCAGGGAGAGGGGGGGCGUAUGAAAUUUCCCAGAUGGUUCCUUUUUUAGUUUCCGAUUUUAUUCCCCCCCCCCAUUUUUUAAAAUCUUCUACGUCAUGGCCAUGAGUGAUCUCGCCGACCAGCAUGAAGAAAGAAUCACUUUCAUGCAUGUCGCAAUGACGUCUCCAUGCAUUCGCUGGCCCUCGUGUUUGCAGUUGAAUGUCAAGGGGGGGUCCUUCGUGUAUUUUGGAGUUUACGCGCUCACAUUUUCCAUUUUUCACUCUCCUUUCUGAGGGCCUUUUAUUUGAAUUUUAUGAAUGCGGAAUCACUUUUGAAUGAAAUUGUCACUCAAGUGACAAUGGCUCAAGCCGGACACGUUUUAGCGCAUUUUUUUUUGUUUGUUUUAGAUUAUUUAAAAUCCAACAACGCAGUACAUAGUCUCACUAUGAAUUUUAACCGUGUAGAUGCGGACUACUGUGUGUGCUUUUUUUUUUUAAUUGUAAUUUUAAUUUAAUUAUCGCUCGUUUUAUUGUAGCGUCUAAAAAAAAAAAAUGACGCUCACACUGAAAAAUUGCGAGCACACAGUGCAUCUUCAAGUCCACCACAACAUGUGAUGUAAGACCCAUAGUAGCUCAACUCGACUAUGCGGUAUUUCUCUCAAAUUCAAUCUGGCAUGUAUGAAUCUGAGCGAUUUCCCCGGACUUGUUGAUAAGCAUGUUUGCCUCGCAAGAAGGAGUUCUGGGUUUGAUGAUGGUUGUUCUCAAGCUUCCGUUUCCCAAAACAUACAGUACAUGUUAAGGUUAAUUAAAGACCCUAAAUUGUC